AUGGGGGAAAGAGAAAGAAGUCCAGAUAAUGAUCAAGAAAGUAAGACAGGCAAAUACCAUUACUCUUAUUGUUCAUCUGAUUUUGGAUCUACCCCACAGUCUUCUGGCCGGUCAUCGCUGGUCAGUUCUUCACCUACGGGUAUUAAGGGAAAAAAUCCUAAAAGACAAAUUUCAGAUAGCCAAGUGCAUCAUCAAGCCCCUAGGAAGCCAAGCCCUAAGGGUCCACCAAACAGAAGGGGAGUCCGAGUGGGAUUUCGCUCCCAGAGCCUCAAUAGGGAGCCACUUCGGAAAGAUACUGAUCUUGUAACAAAACGGGUUCUUUCUGCAAGACUGCUAAAAAUCAAUGAAUUGCAGAAUGAAGUAACUGAACUCCAGGUCAAGUUAGCUGAGCUCCUAAAAGAAAAUAAGGCUUUGAAAAGGCUUCAAUACAGACAGGAGAAAGCCCUGAAUAAGUUUGAAGAUACAGAAAAUGAAAUCUCACAACUUAUUGCUCGUCAUAACAAUGAGAUUACAGCACUCAAAGAACGCUUAAGAAAAUCUCAAGAGAAAGAACGGGCAACUGAGAAAAGGGUAAAAGAUACAGAAGGUGAACUAUUUAGGACAAAAUUUUCCUUACAGAAACUGAAAAAGAUGUCUGAAGCUAGACACCUACCUGAGCGAGAUGAUUUGGCAAAGAAACUAGUUUCAGCAGAGUUAAAAUUAGAUGACACCGAGAGAAGAAUUAAGGAACUAUCCAAAAACCUUGAGCUGAGUACUAACAGUUUCCAAAGACAGUUGCUUGCUGAAAGGAAAAGGGCAUAUGAGGCUCAUGAUGAAAAUAAAGUCCUUCAAAAGGAGCUACAACAACUGUAUCACAAAUUAAAAGAAAAGGAGAGAGAACUGGAUAUAAAAAACAUAUAUUCUAAUCGGCUACCAAAGUCUUCUCCAAAGAAAGAAAAAGAACUUAGAUCAAGAAAAAAUGCUGCAUGCCAGAGUGAUUUUACGAACCAGUGUACAAAAGGAGUACAAACCAGUGAAGACGUGGAGCUGGAAGAAUUUCCUAUAACACCACAAACGGUUAUGUGUUAUGAAAACAGUUGGGAAGAACCUGAACAUCUUACUUUGGACCUGGAAUUGCAAGAGAGAGGUAAACAUGAAGAAGCAGGGAUUCUAAACCCAAUUGUGAAAAGAGAAGAAAAAUUUUUUAAAGAUCAAGGACUCCAUGUUGUAAAUCAGGAGGUUGAAAAGCUGGAAGAUGAAUGGGAAAGAGAAGAACUUGCUAAAAAGCAAAAAGACAAGAUAUCUUUGCUGGAGAGAGAAGAAAAGCCCACAUUGGAAACUGGAAGAUACCAAAUGGAAAUGUACCAAAUUCAAAAUAUUGAUAAAUUGGAAGAAGAGGAAGAAGAAAGGCUAAAGAGAGAAAUGCUACUUGCUAAACUGAAUGAGAUCAACAGAGAACUCCAAGAUUCUCGGAAUAUAAAAUGCCCUCCUCUGCCAUUGCUUCCUGAUUUGGAAUCAAAACUGCAUUCCCCAGAGAGAAGCCCCAAAACAUACAUGUUCUCUGAAUCCUCAGAGAGAGUAUCUAAUGGGCAUCAUCUGCAAGACAUCAGCCUUUUCACUCCAAAAGGAGAUGGUCAGAAUCCAGGAAAUACUAGAAGCCCAGCCUUCCCAAAUGAGCUUGCAUUUGGCAGCUAUGUGCCUUCAUUUGCGAAAACAUCAGGGAAGUCAAAUCCAUUUAGCCAAAAGAGUGGCCUUGUGGAUGUCCAAAGAAACAGUAUAGAGAAACAUAGUAAAGACAGUGUAGAUUUAAUUACAAGAAGAGAGAAAAAAGCUAAUCUGAUGGAACAGCUGUUUGGUGCCAGUGGCAGCAACACCAUUUCCUCUAAAAGCAGUGACGCAAAUUCUCGGGCUGCCAGCAAAGGAGACCUUGACCCUCUAAAUUUUCUCCCAGGGGAUAAGAGCAGCGGGGAUAGAGAACGUGAUGAAGAUGAUGACUUUUUCCUCAGUGAAGGAAGAAGUUUUAAUCCAAAUAGACACCGAUUAAAACAUGCAAACAGUAAACCAGCAGUAAAAGCAGUGGAAUCUGUAGAAGAUGAAAUUGAAGAAGUAGCCCUGAGAUGACUGACUACAGUAUACAUUUUUCCAAUUGUAAAUAUUAAAAUAUUUUAAUACAAUAUUUAUUAUAAACCUUUAGAAUUUUUAAUGUUAAAAAGUCCUUAUUAAGGAAUGAUUUUUAAUAGACAAAUACAGUGUAAAUGGAAAGAAGUAGAUCAUAUCUCACCACAUAGUUUGCUAAGAAUGAAGGAGACUUUUGAAUGAACCCAAAAACAGAUGUAUUUUGCUUGGUUUUGGCUUUUUAUUUACAAAUAGGUUUUACCUCUUAAUCAGCUCUAUAGGAAGUUUUACUCCAUUGGAGUUCAUAUUUAUUUCCUAUUUUUAUCCCUAUUUAUUUAUUUACUUAUUUUUGGUCAUGUCCUCAUUGAAGUAAAUAUAGUCUUGUCGAGUGGAAAUUGAAGGUGUGAGGCUCUGCGUUGGGAAGAUAGCUCCCAGAUGGUGGAGCACUGGUGCUACUUAGGAGCCCUGUCCUCUGUGGACAGGGGUCCCUUUCUCACAUAGCAUAGUUGAGCUACUCUUAAGUGGAAGCUGUGACAACAUAGGGAUUUCCCACUUAAGAGAUGCAUUAAAUCGCUUGCCUACAACUCUGCUAACAUAUUAGGUUGAGAUCAGGAGACAUUUGUCUGUCUGCUUGGAUAAUUCCUCUGUCAUAGCUCCUGGAGACUUGGGUACAGUGGUAAUCAGUAAUUCUUUUCCUCUUACACUCUGUAUCUCAGUGACUGGGUAUGAAAUCUCAUACCCAAAUACAUGAAAUUAAAGAAAUUUCAUCCUAAUAAUAUAGAAAGAUUUUUCAACUCAGUUAUGUUUCCAGAGUAAUCUAACUUGGAAAUUUUUAAUAUAUAUUUUUAAGGUUUGAACUUGCUAUCAAAACCAAUGAUAAUGAUAGUGUAAUACUAUUGUGCUUAUAGGACUAAUUUUAAAGCAACCAUUGUUUAAAAAUGUUUUAGAGAUGGGGCUUCUGCCUUGCUGAGUAGGGCAGAUGUUUUUCUGUUGAAAUGUGUUGGUUUUCUGCUGUUUGUAGUUUACUUCAGCUACAAAGGAGUUGAUGACCUUGGAUUAUGUUGGGUAUGAUUGGUCUUUAAGAAGUAAUAUACCACCAACCGAGGAGAAAACACUGUUAAAGUGAAGAGUGGGAGAAACAGUGUAUCAGGGAAAGCAUAAAAAAAUGUAGAUUGACACUUAAUUCUAAAGUGAGCUUCCCCCCCACCCCCAGAAUUUAGUAUGUAUUCACUAAUAGUAUGAUUUCUGAUGCCAAGCAUAUAUACUGAUGAGGGGACCGGAGUUACUGUUUUAUCUUGAGUUCUUAAUGCUUGUUAUUGAGUAUAAGUUCAUAACUGUUUGGCAAGACUUACCUGGAUAGGUCUCUAAUGAAAAGAUAGAAUAUCUAUUGUCUUCUAAAUUGUGUUACUGUCAUUCAUUGGGAACUGAGUCUCCCAAAAGUGCUAAACUACAUUUAAAAAUUGUUUUAGCAAAGAGAUUUUUAUGUCUGAUAUAAAUAAGCUUUUAGUAUCCCGCAAAUCAUUCUGAUAUCUGUAAACCACAAUUUGUAAUGUAGUUCUUGAUAAAAU